AAAGGAACAUAAGGGGCACACAUUGCCUGAAACAACCUCAAUAAGUCAAGCAGUCUUUGGACAUUUGACAGAUUUUGCGCCACCUGUGGAGAUCCCACCAACAGAGUUCAUUACUAAAACCGGCUGCAGGAGUAUUAGCUGUGCAAAGUCUGGUGGAUCUACUAAAGAGACUGUGAUUGAUUAUACAGAGGAAAUGCAUGAAAUUCGAAUCCCAGAAAGAGAUAACUUCCGUGCACAAAAUGCUAAUGAAACAGAAUCCGGGAACAUUCAUCGUUCGUUACCUGGUAAGCCUCUACCCCAGGCCAUGAAGCGGGCUCUUUCAUCAGUGACCAGUAAAUGGGAGCAUGGCUACACCAGCGAUGACACAGUGUCAAAAAAGGCCAAAAGUACAUCAGAUCAAACCGUUCAUUUGGAAAGAAAAGACACACCUCGGCGGGCUCCGUUUGUGAUGAAAACAACACAAAGACGCUUUCAGAACACCUCCAGAGUUGCUGCAACAGAGGGCACACUGUCUGAGUCUGGAGCAGCUGCCGUGGAAACCACAAUAAUGUCCACUGAACAGACACUGCCUGCUGAAAGAAACGCCAAAACACAAUUAGACAGAAGAGCAGGCAGAGCCAGGAUGCCGGAGGAACGAAAUGCCAGUAGGUCACCAGAUGCCCAGGCUAAGGAGGAGACGGCAGGCCCGCAGUCUGGGAGUAGGCUGUUAGUGUCAGAGCCGCAGACUAAAUCAGAGCUGCCAAGGCUGAACCAAAGGAGAAGGACAUCACCUCAUCAGUAUGUCUCCGGUGUGACAGAAAUUUCAGAUGACCUCUGCGGCAGCGGAAACUACACCGCAGAAAUGAGGCUGAAGUUGGGAGGAAGUUUGAAGCCUGGUGACGCAGUGCCUGCCCAAGGGAACCUCAGCGUGAUGAUCAAUCUGAAGACCAACAACAGUCAGAUAAACCUCGGCGUUACCUCCUGUUGCCUGUCACCAACGCUUCAGCUGGACUUCACCAACUCCACCUGCCGCCUUUCGUUCAGGCCAGCAGCAGAGCCGUCGGGGAUCACGUUGCUGCCCAGUGCCUUGUCAACCAGUGCCAGCUUUACCAUCAGUCUCUUCCAAAUGAUUAAUUACUCAGUGGUGUACCUACACUGUGAUCUCAGUGUCUGCCUGAGGAACCACUCUGCCUGUGAAAGGCAAUGCCUUCAGCAGCGGAGUGCAUUUCCUUCUGAAGGCGCCGCCACUGUCACGAACAAUCCCCGAAAUCGCAUAUCCUUUGGGCCCGUGUUGAAACAAGCAAAAAAUUCAACCUUCCCCACGGAGAUAGAUUUGUCAGAACUGGAUCUGGUUCUGGUCUUCGUCAGCCUGGUGGUCGGCCUCUCUCUCGUCUCUGUGAUGCUGCUGCUGGUGUGGCUGGCCUACCAUCGGCGGGCCAUCUGGCUGCUCCGCUCCGCAGCUCCAUCGCAGGCCUGUUGCGGCUGCCUACGCCCAGGAGGCGACUUGAUCUCACCGUGACCAAGGAGGAGCCGCUGCCAAUUAUGCUGAUCAAGUCCCCACCAAAAUAGCUGCAAACAAUUACAUUAGUCAACAGACAGAGGGGCAGUCAAUCAUAUUAGGUGCAGAGCAGAAGCGGCCAGUCUCGCCGCCAGGCGUAGGGCAGAAUGGACGAUGAGGUGCAAUCCAAUUUACACCUCCUCGCACAGGUGACACAGCUGUGGCAGUCAAAUUUCGCACUUAACCAUGAAAAGUCUAUUAUCAUCCGCUGAAAAUAAACAGCAAGCCUAAAUAGGAAAGCUGCUCUGAUCCGUUCCCUCACUGGCGAGACAUCAAUAUGUUUCAUAUAACACUUGCAUGAAUGAUAACUUGUUGAUAAAUGUUUGAUUUGAGGUAUGCAUUAGUGGUUUGAAGUCUUUAUUGAAUUUCUUUGACAAAUAAUUUGGGGAAAAAGUCACAUGUAGCUUAGCUGUCACUGCGAUGCUUUCUGUGAUGUUUGCUGCUGCAUGAUUAUAUUGUAAAAUGUAAAACGGGAAGUGAUAUAGAUGUUCAUCGAUUGUGUAGACACACAACAAAAAUAUAUUCAGAUGAUAUAAUGGCACGGUGUACAAGUCUUUUAUUAAGUGAUUUUAUGCAUUUCAGCAGUUCUUGGAUUAACAAAGGGCUGGGUAU